AAGUGGUGGGGCACAUGCAAAUAUACGGUUACAGAGUUUCUGCAUAGAAGAGGCAUAUUUAGAGACAGCUUGUCGGCUACCUAAUCAGCAUAUGCAUAUACCAGUACAUGGCUGGAAACCGCAGGGUAACUGUCUGAUUUUUGGAUACCCAUGAGCGUCUUGCGAUUCUCACAUGAACUGGGAAAUCCUUUCCCGUUGAAUGUCAAGAUCAAUGGGGAACCCACCAACGUUGUGGUCUUACAAAUGACAGGGAAUCGACUCAAGCAGUGGGUGCAUCCGAGUCUUGGCCAUGGCGCAAUGACCUCUCUCUACCAGCCACAUAUUAUUCAGGGUCAACGAGGCCGGAGGUCGGCUUCUGCGGUUCCCGAAGAAAGCGACAACUCAGAGUGUGUGACUUCUCAUGUGGCUGAAAUACUUAUCAUCAUCAAAGGAUCACUGUGAGGCUUGAUCAUGUUGUCAAUCCAGAUGAUGACAGUUUUCCAACGCCGUCGAAGAAAGUUUCCCUAAGGAUGGCAGUGUUGUUGAUAGUCACUGCGCUGGGCGAGGCAAACACAUAGACUCCCGUGAUC